AUGUCUUCAAGAUCACAUUCAAAUAAAGAAAAAGAUAGAUUACCUUCUAUAUCUUUAACAGACAUGCCGGUUAAUGUUAUAUCACAAAUAAGUUCAAACCUUCAUCCAGUUGAAAGAAUAUAUUUAGAGAGUAUGUGUAAAAAAUUACGUAAUGCUUCAAAAUUUUGGAAAGAUAUUAAAACAAUAUUAAUAAAAUCUUAUCUUCAUGAAUUAGAUGAGUAUUCUGUUAAAAUUAAACAAAAAAAGAAAAAAAAUUCUGUUAUUAAUACUUAUGUUAAGGAAAAAAAUUUUGUCACAGUAUAUCAUGUCCAACUAACAACUAAUAAUGGGACAACAUAUACAAUGUAUAGUGAUCCAUUAAGAAUUUUAAAUAUGAAAACUAUUGGUAUGAUAUUUAAAAGAUGUAUAUGUCUUAAUAAAUUAAUUAUUAUUGGAGCCUGCUUAAAUGAUUCUAUUAUACCAUCUUUAGUAUAUUUUGAAAAUACAUUAAAAGUUAUUAAAUUUUGGAAUUGUGAAGAUUAUUUUGAUAAAAAACAAAAACCAUGUGAAUUAAUUAAAGCACUUUUUUCAUUUCCAUAUUUAUCAUCAAUAAUGGUACUUAGUACAAUUAGACCAAAAUAUGCUACACUACCAGAUCAUAAUGUUGUUAAAUAUAAAUUACAUCCAGAAAUUGUUUCAUGUAUUAUAGCUCCUAUUGAAGAACUUCAAUUAACAAAUUUAUCUAUACCAUUAAAAAGUUUUAAAAUUCUUACUGAUCGUCUUUGUACCUCAUUAGAAAGACUAUCAAUUGGUUGUACAUAUGGUGAUGCAAAAAAAGUUAAUAGUUAUGCCAAAGCUUUAAUAGAAUUUGAAAAUCUAAAAGAUUUAGAUUUACCACCAUUUAUUUUUUCAAUAAAUGAAGAUUACUUAAUUAACCUUAAAGUAUAUAAUGCUUUAUGUAUAACAAAAAUACAAACUUUUGGCUUUAGACAUUAUAAUACAUCAGCAUUAUUUAAAUUUAUUAGAAAUGAUCUCCCACCAGAUAUAAAAAUUGUUAGAAUAUUUCAUAAUCCUGGAAGAAUACCAAAUUUUAAACAACUUGGUUAUGGUCCAACUGAAAAAAAAAUUUCUGUUACAUCAAAAAUAUCUAAAAAUAGUAAUACAUCAAUAUCUAAUGGUUCAAUUGUUGGAACAUAUGGUAGAAAUAUAUUUAAAGCAUUAAGGAUAAAAAAAAAAAUUCAUCAUGAUGAUUUUCAAAAUCAUUCACCAAGAAGUUCUACUUUAUAUAAUAUUGAUAAAAAUGGUCAUUUAACAAAUAAAUUUGGUAUUGGAAAUAGUAUACCAAGAAGAGAAUUAUCAAUAUUUGCUGUUGAGGAAAGUUGUCGAAGUGUUGAAAAAUUAAUUCAUAAAAAGUAUAAUUGUCUUGAUGUUUACUAUACAUCUGAUGUUAAAAAAUAUCAAGAAAUUGUGGGUAAGAUGGCAUCACCAAUGCCCUUACAACAUCCAUAUAAGCCUGAUAUUGAUGGUUUAUUAAUAAAUGGUAAAAAUGUUACAUCAAAUACUAUUACAAGAAAAAAUUCAGAAAAAAAAGAUAUGCUUCGAAGACCGGUUUCAAAAUUUUUUAACUUAUUAAGAUUUAAACAAAUUACAUGA